CUCCCCGCAGCGCCGCCGCUGCCGGCCGCGCUCCGCGCUUCCGCCCGCCCGCCGCCAGCGCCGGCGCCAUGGCGGUGAAGGGGGCCGCGGCCGGCGCCGGGGUGCUCCUGGUGACGGCCAACGUCGGGUCCCUCUUUGACGACCCAGAAAAUUUACAGAAGAAUUGGCUUCGGGAAUUUUAUCAGGUUGUACAUGCACACAAGCCCCACUUCAUGGCUUUACACUGUCAAGAAUUUGGAGGAAAAAACUAUGAAGCUUCCAUGUCUCAUGUGGACAAGUUUGUUAAAGAAUUGUUAUCAAGUGAUGCGAUGAAAGACUACAACAGAGCUCGAGUUUACCUGGAUGAGAACUAUAAAUCACAGGAACAUUUUACGGCUCUAGGAAGUUUUUACUUUCUUCAUGAAUCUUUGAAAAACAUCUACCAGUUUGAUUUUAAAGCUAAGAAGUAUAAAAAGGUUACUGGGAAAGAAAUCUACUCAGACACUUUAGAAAGCACACCCAUGCUGGAAAAAGAGAAGUUUCCACAGGAUUAUUUCCCUGAGUGCAAGUGGUCCAGAAAAGGUUUCAUUCGAACAAGAUGGUGUAUUACUGAUUGUGCCUUUGACUUGGUAAACAUUCAUCUUUUCCAUGAUGCUUCCAAUUUAAUUGCUUGGGAAACAAGCCCAUCGGUUUACUCAGGAAUACGGCAUAAGGCUCUUGGCUAUGUACUUGAUAGAAUUAUAGAUCAGCGGUUUGAGAAAGUUUCAUAUUUUGUCUUUGGAGAUUUCAACUUUAGACUGGAUGCCAAAGCAGUAGUAGAGACACUAUGUGCAAAGGCUACAAUGCAGACUAUCCGGGCAGCUGACACAAAUGAAGUAGUCAAGCUAAUAUUUCGUGAAUCUGAUAAUGACCGAAAGGUUAUGCUACAAUUAGAAAAGAAGCUCUUUGACUAUUUUAAUCAAGACGUAUUUAGAGAUAACAAUGGCACUGCGCUUUUAGAAUUUGACAGAGAGCUGUCAGUCUUUAAAGACAGAUUGUAUGAACUGGACAUCUCAUUUCCUCCCAGUUAUCCAUACAGCGAGGACUCCAGCCAGGGAAAGCAGUACAUGAAUACGAGAUGUCCAGCCUGGUGCGACAGAAUCCUCAUGUCCCACUCAGCCAAGGAGCUCAUCCUGAAAUCAGAAAAUGAUGAGAAGAUAGUAAUAUAUGACCACAUCGGGCCAAAUGUCUGCAUGGGGGAUCACAAGCCUGUGUUCCUGUCCUUUCGAAUAGCUGCUGGGGCAGGUAAACCUAUUGCAAAUGUGCACAAGUGUUGUGUCGUGCAGUGAUGUGGUGGAAAAAGAUGCCUACGAAACGAGAAGAUUUUCCGUGAAACCACACUGUAGCAAGGAGGGGAAGGAAUACGCAGUAUACUGAAAUACAUAAUCAUAACAACUGUAUUGAUAAAUCAAGUCCCGAGUGCCACAUUUUUAGACUGCUGAUCGUACACUAUGCUUCAGCAUCUGGACUCUGUUUGAGAAAAGCCUCACAUACCUCACUGUCUUGUAUGUUCAUGUGACAUCA